AUGCGCUCCAAGCCGGCGAAGCCAGCUGGCACGGCACCAUCAACCUUCAACCGCAAGGCACGCCGCGACUGGACCGCCAAGAAGCGGGCGCUCUCGCAGAACGACAACCCUGAGAACGAGCCAGAGGCACUCGCCUGCCCGCGUCGCCGCCAUCAGACCGCUCCCCGCGGCUCAAAGAAGCGCAAGGAGAGCGACGCGGCCGGCGACGGAGAGACGGGCAAGAGCAAACCCAAGAAGGCGCGCCCGGCGCCGCGGACCACCGACCCGGCCGCGGAGCUGGCACGCGCGAACCGGCAGGCGGCGAAGCAGCGGCCCGGGCGCACUGAUCCCACGCUCCUUCAACGGGCGCCGCAGGCGUGCUACCGCUCGGGCACCGACGCCCAGCGCGACGCGCUGAUGGAGGGCGUGCAGGGCGCCGUCGCUCUCUCGCACUACGGCCACUUCUUCCUGCUCGCCGUGCUGCGGCACGGCUCGCCGCGCCACAAGCGGGCGGUCGUCUCUCAGCUCGCUGGCCGCGUGCCGGAGCUGGUGGCGCACGCGGAAGGGUCCGCCGUGCUGCAACUCGCGUAUGCCAGCGCGGCGACGCCGUCGCAGCGCACCUCCCUCUACCGCGAGCUUUGGGGCAAGGACUUUGCGCUUCUCGGCAACCGGCGCAGAGCACAGCUCGCUCUGCUCAGCCAGUCACUAACCACCGAUCCUGAGUCACCAGGCACCGGCGCAGAGCACGACUCGCUCGGCGCUUUGUUUGCGGCGGACCCUUCCGUCAAGCCUCGCGUCCUGCGCCAGAUGGAGGCGACGCUCUCCAAGGCGGCGCGCAAGGGCCUCGCCGUCACUUCGAUCGUGCAGCGCGGCUUCGCCGACCUCCUCGAGCACUCCGACACCGGCCAGCGCGCGGUGCUCGCCGGCGGCAUGCCCACGACUCACGCCCCCUCGACCGGCGGCUGGUUCGCGGAUAGGCCAGCGCGCG